CACAGUAAAAUUUAAAUUGCAAUAUGCCACAUUGCUCGUGGGGUACAUGCAACAGCGAUAGUAAAUAUGGAGCUGCCAGUAAGAAUCCCCGAAUUAAUAUGGUUGGAGUGCGAUUUUUUCCUAUUCCAAAACCCAAAACACAACUGGAAAAAUGCAAAAUUUGGAUAAAAGCCUGUGGGCGACAAAAUUUUGGAAUUGAAAAUGUGACCAAGAACUCUUAUGUCUGUUCAAAACAUUUUGUGUCUGGAGAACCUAGCUCAAAGUAUCCAAAUCCAAUUUCUGCACUUUCAAACGAUCAUGCCCAAGCCAAUAAUUUUCUAAAAAGACCAUGUCGUCCUUCACCAAAACAAAGGGAAGCUGUUUGCAGCAAAAGAUUACGCCUGGUGGACUCGAGCAGUGCAGGCUCGUCUUUACAUAUUGAUACUUUUAAUGAAAAUGAACCAAAGUGUACUACAAGCCAGACACAGACCAACAUUACACUCCAGCAUCUGCAACCAUACACAGACUCAGACUUUAAUAGCGAACAAAACAUCAGAAGAAAGUUUAUAAUUAAUGAUAUUUUAUCUGAUGAUAAAUCAUCAGUUUACUAUACAGGUAAAUAUAGUGCAGAACUGCAUUUUUUUUAUUUUAAUAUUAUGUUGGUUACUUUUUAGGACUCCCAGUGAAAAAAUU